AUUUUGCAGAUACGGUGUUCAAACACAAUAUCUGGUAGUCUUUGAUGCGUUUAAAGCCACAUCUUCUCCGGUGGCCAAUCCAAACAUGGUCGUCGUCGGUGGUUCCCGUUUCUCCGAUCAAAUGUUCGGGGCUUCUUCAAGACUUUCCAUUCUCUUAAACGGACCAAUCUCUCCUAUCCAUCACCGACCGUCUACUCUCCUCUGUGUAACUCACCGCCACUCUCUUAGUUGUCCACUGCCUCCCCUCUCCACCGUCCCUCACCACCUCCUCCUCCCCUAUCGCGCUAACUCACUGUUUCCGAUCAAAUCCUCUCAACAAUUUUACACUCAAUCCACUCUGCAAGAGAAAAAUCAUGUUCCCGCCGACGCCUAUCUCGUUUCACCGUCCCACCCGUGGCCGGAAUGGUCACUCCUUCUCGAAUCUAUAUCCAUGUCCGGUGCUUUCGACGUAAAUAGGAAUAUCAAGGAGGAAUUUGUGCCAAAUGAGAGUUUAUCAAUGGAGUUUCUGGAUGCUGCGUGUUCCCGUUUGCGUUUUGCACAUGAUAGGCCUGAAAUAUUAGGGUGCCUUCCGAAGGAUGAUAUCAAGGUGCUAAUAGACGAAGGGUCUCCAUUCCUUUUCAAAAGUUCCCUUGAAACUGAGAGAAAAAUGAGAUCUUUCUUACAGGGGGACGAAUCAAAUGAAGCAACAAGUGUGGACUUGAUGAAGUACAUAUUGAGUUAUGCAAGCAAUCCUAUUAUAUAUCCUGAAAGAAAAAUUAGGGAGGCUACUGAAUCAUCUGCCCGAAAUUUGUUGAGAGAGAUGGCUAAGUUUAACAGUAGCGGGGCAGCUUUGAGCCUGCCCACUGUGGCGAAAUAUAAUGAGAUUGGACCAACAAUGAAGAGAGGUGAAUGGCUAUGCUCAAAAUGUAAUUUUUUCAAUCAUGGAAGGAAUGUGGUGUGCUUAAAAUGCGAAUGCAGUCGAUCAGGUGAACCCAUUGGGCAGAUGAAAACAUCCGUACAAGAUAUCAAAAAAGAAGUUCCAAAUGGAACCAAAUCUGGUUACGCCCCAUUUGUCCCGUUACCAGCCGAUAUGUUUGCUAAAAAGCCUGAUGAAGAAAAAAAACCGGCAUCUAACAUUAAAAGUCAAAUUAAAGAUACGGUUGAAGAAGAGAAAUCAGAGAAAUGGUUCAGUAAGGUGGCGGAGUUGCAUGAUGCCACGGACUUGCCGAGUGUUAUCGCAGAUGAAGACUUUCCCGAGAUUAUGCCACUCCGUAAAGGAGAAAACCGGUUUGUGGUUAGCAAGAAAAAAGAUCGAUCAUUAACUUCCCCUAAAUAUAAACAAGAAUCCAUGGAGAAAGGAAGCAACACCAACUUCGUUCCAUUUGUUCCAUUUCCACCCGAUUAUUUUUCCAAGAAAGACAACAGCAAGGAGGUAUCGGAAAGCACAAUUCCGACGGAUGAAGCUCCUGACACUAAUCUUGUGCGAGAACCCCCCCGGAAUCAAGAAAAUGAAGAGGUUAGAAACGGGUGGAAUGGAAAAAGCUUGGAGGGGUCGGCUGUGAAGGAAACGGAUCCUUUGGAUAUGUCAGAAGAGGCGAAAGCGGAAAGAUGGUUCCGACGUGUUGCACAGAUUAAAGAUAUAUCGGAAUUGAGUCAAAUUCCGGAUGAAGACUUUCCGGAGAUUAUGCCGAUGCGGAAAGGGGUGAAUCGUUUUGUUGUGAGUAAGAGGAAAACACCAUUAGAAAGGAGGUUAACGAAUCCCCCUCCCCGACUACACAAGGAUAACAAUGGCAGGUACUUCCACUAG